CAGCUUCGUCGUACGCUGCAAGUGUCCAGCCUUCUUCAUUUCGCUCUCUCUCACGUUUUGUCGCUCUGCCUGCUGCCAAAUUGAAGAGUGCAACACCGACGACAACGACAACGACUAACCCUAGGAGCAGCUCUCAGGCCCAGCCGCAGGCUUUGGCUGGUGCGGGUGGUGACGUCGCUGCAGCUGCAGCUGCUGCUGCGACGCCGACGCCAACGGCGACGUCAACGUCAACGCAAGCAACAACAAAAGGGAAAGCAGUAACAGCAUUAACAACAGCAACAACAACAGCAGCCGCAGCAGCAGUAGCAGCAGUAGCAGCAGCAACAAUCAGCAGCAACAUCAGCGCCCUGGGUGCACCGACAAUAAUAUGAGGAGUGGCAGUUCGGAAUUACUACUCGAGCAGCAACAACAAGAGCUACGGUUACGUAAAAUCCGAGAACUGGCUCCAAAAAAGAAAAAUGGCAAUCGGCGCUUUCGUUCGUGGCGGGAACGUGCGCGUUUCUAUGGCACCUCAACACUCGCCUUUUUCUCGGUGACGGCCGGCGCAUCGCUGCUGUUUCUGGUGCCGCUCUAUGUGGAUCCAGCCAUAUCGACACUGAGCCACGAUUUUAUCGAGAAUCCAACGCUGUGCACAACAACGCGUCGCGAGGAUCUUGUCGGCAUAUUCAAUUGCUCGUGGAGCUCCUGUCGCGAGGGCUGCACCUCCGAUCUCUAUCGCUGUGUGCACAUAUAUGUGACAUUUAUUGAACAGAACAUUACGAUACCAGAGAACAUGACCGACUUUACCAACUACACCGCCGAGUGGGAGCAGUCCGGUGAGGCCACAUUGCUGGUCAACAUUAAGGGGUGCGGCUAUCCGCCCACUGUCACGUGCAAGAACUUCAAUAUGUAUUAUGGCGUCGAGGGCGCCAUCUAUCCGUGUUUCUAUUCGCGCAAAAACAAGACCGUCGUCCUCACAUCCUACAAUCAUGACGACCAGGAGGCCAUCAUCAUUCAUUUUUUUGUGGUCCCCUUUGUGAUAACGGUCAUCUCAUCCAUCGCCCUCUGCAUCAUGCAUUGCGAUUGCCGCUGUAAAAAGGAUCGCAGCCAUCGGCGCAAUCGUCCGCAGUGCCGCCGGCCACGCAUUGAAAAUCUCAGUGACACUUCGAUAUCAACGCGCGUGGACAUGCUCACGCCAGCUAUUGAAGUCUAUAAGCCGCCACUCUGACACAAAGAUGACACUGUGGAGAGCAAUUUAGGGAAUCCAUCGACGAGUAGCGAUUUCUAGCAGAAGCUAAUCAUCACUGCGGAACUAACUACGGAUAAUCUAUUUGUUCUUCCAUCAUAGUGUCAAUCAAGUCUAGCUAACUGACUUAUCUGAAUGCCAUUGGCAAUGGCGGCCAAACAAUUCCUCAGGCGCCCAAAAGCCAGGGCCAAGGCCGUCGAUAACUACAGUGGGGGGAGGGGGGCAACACUGAAAAGUUUUAGCAAAACUACCAAAUAACAAAAAACACAUAUGUAUACCCAUACGAAACACAAACAAACACACACACACACGCACACACGUGAACACUGAAGUGCAACAAAAGAACAAACACAUGAAUAAUAAUAAUAAUAAUUGAUCCAACUGAAUAAUUCCUAAGAUUGAUUACAUUUAGUUACUUUUUAGCGUUAAUGAUUUUUAAACCUGGCCGUGUGGCGGCAACCCAAAUGCUGCAAAAGAAGCAAAAACAAAUGGAAACUAGUUCUAAGCAUAGGUUAUAUACGUAUAUAUGUAUGUACGGCAAUGCAACAUCGCAUAUUUUCAUAGAAGAGUGAUGAAAGGUGGCGCAUAAGAAUUGUGUUUGUAUCUGCAACAAAUUUAUUAUGUAAUAUGUAGUAGGUGUAAAUUAAGGCGAGAGAAAUGUUUGCAAUGUGUAUCGAAAAUGUAAAUUUAGUUAUGUAAAUUUAAACGACAAAUAUAGCAACAAACAGAAGUUUAAGAAAAGCACACUGAAACCACAAAACCAUAUUUGUCAGUAAAUAAAAAUAAAUGCAAUGAAUAAUUUUUGUACUGCUGAAAAGAAUAAAGACAAAAACACAUGAGAAUAUAAAAAUUGAAGAUUAGAUGUAAAAUUUUGCAUAGCUUAUAAAUAAGUUUGUAAUGCAUUAGUAAUUAAUUACCAAACCGAAUGCAAGAGUUCAGCUAAAUUUAGCAACCAAAAAAUUGAAAACCUCCAACAACUGAAAUUAUUUCUCAAAUCGAAAUUCGCAUAAGACAUUCAUUGAGGAUAUUUAUUUGAAUAAACAUAUUCAUGCUUCAGCUAUUAUUUUUUGCAUAGAUGCUCUGAAUACAUCACAAAUCAAAAAAUUAAACAUUAAAGAUAUAGUUGUUUGUCGUUCCUUUAGCAAAUGCUUAACUACGUCCAAGCCGAAGAUAUUGUUGUUAAUGAGCCCUUCACAAAGUGCCCCAAGUUAAUAUGGAGUUGGUAACAUGUUUAUUUGAAAUCAAUUUUAUUAUUAGGUAUAAAUAGGUAUUAUUUUAACUCCACACCAAAUUUUGUUCAAUCACUUGUUAUUCAAUAAAA